CUCGAAAUCCAGAUGAAGUUACAUGCAAACCUCAUGUAACAUAAUGCAUGGUAUCAAAAUGAAAUAGCUAUUAUUAGCAAUCUGUAAUUCGAAAGAUUUAUCCUCCAGUGCACUGGAAAUCACAUUAAUAUCCUUUAGCUAAGUUACUAAAGGGUUAAAUGUGGACACAUGGAUGCCCUCUACACACGAAAGAGGAAGUUUUUAUGAGUAAACAAUGAAACAGAGUGGAAAAGUUACAGAAUCCUUUUAUUCUGAUGUAUAGAUAUGAUCAAAUAUAUCAGAGAUUGAAGCACACGUGCUGUUUUAACGUUGCCUAGAGCUGAUAACUAUCAACUAACCCAACAUAAACCAACCCAAACAAAACUUAUGGCAGGAUCCGAGUCAAAAGCAGCUAAAGAGCUGACUGCAAUGAUGGAGACGACAAUGCAACAACUCCAGAGCAGGUUUCAGAACUUAUCUAAGCAAAUCAUCUCCAAAAUGGAUGAGAUGGGAACACGUAUAGAUGACCUGGAGAAGAACGUCGGUGAUCUCAUGACACAAGCAGGAGCUGAGAAUCAUUUUAAAGCAAAGCAAGUGCAUUGGAUUUAUUUGAUUUAGUCACUGAAUUAAAGUUCGGUCAAUAAAAACCACAAUGAGUCAUGAUAUUUAAUAUCGCUGUUUUUUUUUUCUUUCUGUGCAGUGGUUUUGAAGAGAGACCGAGCUGGCCAAAGCACUGAGCAGAAAUGUUGGAGAAGCUUGAGAUCAACACAAUAUUUGUGUAAUUAUCUAUGCAUGUAUAAUUCACCAGUGCCUUGUUUUCUAUAUGAUUUAGGUCUGAAUAUCUGGAUCUUGUACCUAUAAAGCAAUAAAUGAACUUGUUUA